ACAUGCCACUUUUCACCUCAGCAAUCUUAUCAAGCCUCGGCACUCAACAUCUCACCUGAACCUCUCACAUUGCGGCUCCGAAAAGCACCCAGUCGGUGUUGACAGUUGAUUAUAAUCCUUCAAGAUGGGUCCCCGACCAGGCCAGAAGACAGUCUUGAUAACCGGGUGCACGCCAGGCGGCAUCGGCCACGCGCUGGCAUUGGAGUUCCAUGCAAAGGGACUGCAUGUAAUCGCCACGGCCAGGAGGACUGAGGUCCUCACCGAGAUGGCUGAGAUGGGCAUGAGCACCGUCGCGCUUGAUGUCACCAAGGCGGACAGCAUCAAGGCCUGCCACGAGGAGGUCGCCAAGAUCACGGGCGGGAAGCUCAACAUACUCGUGAACAAUGCCGGCCGAACACACACCAUCCCAGCCACCGACAUCGACAUGGACGACGUGCGCGAGACCUUCGAGACCAACGUCUUCGGCGUCAUGGCCAUGUGCCAGGCCUUCGCCGACCAGCUGAUCGCCGCCAGGGGCCUGAUAGUGAACAUCGCCUCCCUGGCCGCCGUGUCGCCCUACGUCUUCGGCUCCGUCUACUGCGCCAGCAAGGGCGCAGUGGCCUCGUUCUCGCGCACGCUCCGCGCCGAGCUGCGGCCCUUCGGCGUCGGCGUCCUCGUCGCCAUGGCGGGCACCGUCAAGAGCAACAUCGCGUCCCACGCGCACCGCCGCCUGCCGCCGGGGAGCCUGUACGAGCGCGUCGGGGAUGCGUUCGAGCGCCGCCUCACCUACUCGCAGCAGAGCGCCAGCAUGGGAACGGCCGAGUACGCGGAGAGGCUGGUGGGCCGCGCCCUGGCGGCCGAGGCGCCCGUGUCGGCGCUCAGGGCGUGGUUCUGGAGGCCCGACUGGUUCUGGUGCGGGGGGAUGGCGUCGUUGGUUUGGCUUGGGCACACGCUCGGCGAGUGGGUCAUGGACGAGGUGGUCUACAGGAUGUUUGGCCUGUACAAGCUGGAAGUGAUCCUUAAGCAGGAGGCUGCGCAGAAGAAAUUGGAGUGACGGAUAGGCUUCUUGUGGAGUUGCAUCUCUCUGCAAUUUCUGUCGUUGCAAAGUCACUGAUUUAGGCCGCUGUCGAAAUGGAAAUCAUCGCAGCUCUCCCGCUGUAACUCGCAAUGUUCAGAUGCGCUUCGCUAGGCUUGAAAUGCGUAUCCCCCAAACCACCACAGAUGCGCGCAUAUAUGUUCCACACCCUCCAUGGUAUGCUAUAUCAGUCUUAUCUACAUCAGAGAUGAAG